AGUAUCUGAGCGGAGCAGCUCGAUCCGUCUCUUCUGUAGCUUCCGGUGAGGGUUUGAAAUGUUCCUGUGGCUGACUUAGAGGAUGAAAAAAAAAACCCAGCUUUGGUUUAAGUAGCAUUUCUUUUCCUGUGGGUAUGACAUGCAGGGGAGCAAGCUCGGAGUUACCAGGAGAGCGAUAAGAAGCUGUGUUUCAUCUCCUUUGGCAGAGGAUACACGACUGGAUUGUUCAUGUCAAGGGUAGCUGCACCUUGAUGGGAUUGGACCGGGUCUCAAAGUGGAAGGAAGUCCGCAGAUUUCAAACGCGAUGGAAGGCAACGACUCCCUGGCUUUGGUGUCCGGGGAGCGGCUGAUCUACGCCAUCACCAUACCGCUGUCCACUUCCAUCAUCCUUGCCAACCUCGUCAUCAUCUUGGGCAUCGCCUGCAACCGCCAGCUCCACAACACGCCAAACUACUUCUUCCUCAGCCUGCUGGUGGCGGACCUCUGCACAGGCUUGGCGUUACCGUUCAUACCGUUGAUGGGCGUGAACCGGCAGCUGAGUUUAAACUCCUGCAUGGUCGCCCACAUUUUCCCGAACUUCCUCUUCCUCGCGUUCCUAUUCAACCUCGUCAUGGUGCACUACGAGCGCUACAUAUGCAUCGUUAACCCUUUGCAUUACAAUAACUUGUGGAUGCAUCGCAGCUUCCCUGUCGCGUUGCUCGUGGUUUGGGCGCCGCCGCUUCUGUACGCAUCUCUACCCGCGUUCGGCUGGAGUAACUGGACAGGACUGGAUUGGAACGGCUGUUGCGCGGGAAGUGGAAAGUUACCGCCGCUUUCCAACUGCUCGGCGAACGUAACCGCCUGCUGCUCCUACAGGCGAGUAUUUUCGAACGCCUUCAUCUACUUGGAGGUGUACGGACUCGUCUUACCUGCCAUUCUCACCAUCGCUUGCAUGACUGGUCGUGUGUUGUGGAUCACCCGAGGCCAGCUGAAGGACAUAUGUCGUCUCCAUCGUUCGGUCGAGCGAGGCAGUCAGGCCUCGUACCACGAGCAGAGGUUGAACUUGCGCUACACCCGGUGCGUUGUGGCCGUGUCGCUGACGUUCCUGGCGUGCUGGGUCCCCUACCUCAUUUACAUGCACGUAUGCAUAGCGUUCUUAAUCAGCGACACAAGAUGGAGCUCCACCACUCACAUUGUGCUGUCAUGCACUGGUAUUGGAAGCAUGGCAGUGGUCCCGCUGGUGCUCGGCUUGGCUAACAAGCAGUACACAGAACCGGCGUACAAGCUUCUCCAGAAACUCAGAGACAGAUGGAGGCGAAGGACGCAGGGCUCAGAGGAAGUGGCUGUCUAAGAUAAAGAUGAAUAUUUAUGAAAAUAACAACAGGUUUCUGAGGUUGAUGAACUGCAUGUGUACUGUAUCUUGAUCAAUGCAACCAGAAGGGAGUAUUAUGUCAGAGCAGAUAUCACAUUAGCGCUGAUUCUUCCAGGAUGUAUUUAUAAAUGUUCCUGUAAAAAACAACAACAAUAAUGCUAUUAGAAAUAUGA